AUGGGACGUUUCGCCAAUUGGCGAAGUGUCAUGUGCCGUUUCGCCAAUUGGCGAAGUGUCAUGUGCCGUUUCGCCAAUUGGCGAAGUGUCAUGUGCCGUUCGCCAAUUGGCGAAACGGCACUGGCAUUUCGCCAUGGCGAAUUGUCUUUUGGCGAAACGACACGCUCCAUGCAACCGGAACAAUUAAAUGGUAAAAUAUGGGUUGCCGUCGUGUUCGCUUUGUUUCUAGUAGGUAUAAUGUAUGGAAUUGAUGUAUUAGAUACAAACAGUCCGAUAAAUUCCAAUAGCACACAUGGAAUUGAAUUAUCAGAUACAAGUGGUCGGAUAAAUACCAAAUGCACAUAUGGAAUAUUUCGUAUGAUAGCAACAUUUGGUGUUGGGGUUCUCAUCGCGAGUUUUAUGUGUAAUUGUUGUAAUACGUCAGCGGUAGCUAAAAUAAAGAUCCAUGGUAUUGAGAAACGCGCAUUUUGGGUUUUUGCUGGAUCGAAACUGAUUGUUAGUGUUUGUGUUAUAAAAUGGUUUAGUAAUCAUUCAGAUGGUUCUUGUAAGACUCCAGCAAUCACAGUGGGAGCGGUAUUUAUAGAUAGUUUUUUUAAUCUAAUUCAAUUUAUCUUUUUAUUGAAUAAAUCACUUUGUGAUCGACUACAACGCUCGCCCAUCUCUUAUGUUUUAUUAAUAGCAAUGAAUUUUGGUUUAAUUUGGUUUGCUUUAUCAGAAGAAGUACUGCAUCUAAAGCACUAUACGCACGAUAAUCAGCUAAAGUCAGAAUGGUGGUUUUUGAUUAUACAAGCCACGUUCUGGCUGGGACUGGAGUUUAAUGUUGCUGUUGUUGAGGUGCUUAUAAAUGGUUUGCUAGAGCGUGAUCAGCAACAAGAAUAUGAUCAGCAGGAAGAAAUUCGUCGACAACAAACACAUACAAUAAAUCAUUGA